AUGCUAAUAGCCAGAGGGGAGUUCGCAAGUUAUAUUCAAGGACCAGCGGUGGAACAGAACCGACCAAUUGAGCACGUGAAGAAGAAUCAGAAGUCGAAUUCUCACAACACGCAACCAGUUCGAGUAAUCAAUGCAAUUCAUGGUCGGCCAGAACCUGUCGAGGAGUCAGAUGAACUGCUUCGAACACGCCUUCGCCAGGCACGGAUGAAGAGAAUGAUAGGCAGUAUCCCUCAUGAGGACCCGCUGGUCGUAAGUUUGACAGUGACCAAAUGCUUGGUGCGUAGAGUUCUAAUUGACCCUGGAAGUAGUGCGAACAUCAUGCCAAGGGAUACAUUCGAUCGGCUCGAGAUCAAACAGGAUCGGCUGAAAUUCACCGGGAAUCCACUACUAGGGUUUGAUGGAAAGCGAGUGGAGCCCGUCGGUACGGUGGAGGUAGCGGUACAUGCUGCCGAGAGGGUUUUGAUGGAAACCUUUGUGGUUGUUGAAAUUCAUCCCUCUUACAAUCUUCUGAUGGGCAGAGGGUGGAUCCACAGAGUUCAAGGUGUUCCUUCCACUCUGCAUCAGGUAAUGAGAUGCCUGGGGCCAAACGAAACCAAAGUGAUUGACAUUCAUGGAGACCAACCUGCAGCUAAAGAAUGUUAUUCUAUAACACUGAAACAUGCUGGAAAGGGGAAAGCUCCCAUUCGUUCAGCAAGUCCGAGAUAG